AAACAGCCCAAUUAAACGUGGUUCAACCAUUCUUCAUAUUUGCCAUCGACAUAAUGAGUUUCCAGCGUUUGCUGUGGUCGCCUCUUCUUUCUCUGGUAUGUUUCGUACUUAUGGUUCCUGUUAAGAUUCAGCUAGGCUCCUCUCAAGAGUACCGAGUUUGUAAUCUUCCCUUCAGAUGUGGGAAUCUUACAGUCGGUUAUCCAUUCUGGGGAGGUGACCGACCGAGUGCUUGUGGCCAUCCUGACCUGCAACUCUAUUGUGAGAAUGAUAUGCCUAUGAUGAAGAUGAAUGACUUGUCCUACCUUGUUUUGAAUGUGGAUGACAAAGCCCAUAGUCUCAGGAUUGCAAGAGAAGAUUACUUCGAUGGAAUCUGUCCACGUCGAUUUGGUAACACCACCCUCUCUCCCAUGUUCAACUAUACUAAUGAGUAUGAGAUACGUACCAUACUUUACGCUUGCCCGUUAUCUGCUUCUCUUUCUGGACAUUUCACUUGCUCUUUUCCUGGUGCCGCCAAGAAGGAUGGCUAUAUAGAAGAGGGAGCUAAUGGUGCUGGGGCAUGUGCUGUUGGCGUCAUUGUUCCUUUUCCUAAAUCGUUAGUUCUACAAGGAAAAGAGAAUAAAUCGGUUUUGAAACGAGCCCUACAAGACGGAUUUGAGAUCAAAUGGAGUAUAAGUGGCGUGGAAUGUGAGAAAUGCAUUGAGUCUCCAGGUCCGGGAGUAUCUUCAAAUGACCAUAAUAAAUCAGUCUUCAAUAAACCAAGGAAGAUUGCCAUAGGAAUUACAGCUAGUGUUGUGGGGAUUAUAAUUGUCAUCUCAAUGGUUGGCCUGGGACGAUUCUGGAAGAAGAAAACAGAGGAUGAUCAAAGAAUGGAGGCGUUUAUUAGAAAUUGCGGAUCGCAUGCUCCACAAAGAUAUAAUUAUUCUGAUAUUAGAAACGUUACAAAAUCAUUCAGCGAAAAACUUGGCCGAGGAGGCUAUGGUGAUGUUUACAAAGGAAAACUACCUGACGGUCGUCUUGUGGCAGUGAAGAUCUUGAAGGAAUCUAAGGGCAAUGGAGAGGAAUUCAUCAAUGAAGUGGCUAGCAUGAGUAGAACAUCCCAUGUCAAUAUAGUCAGUCUUCUAGGUUACUGCUGUGAGAGGAAUAAAAGAGCUCUAAUCUAUGAAUUUAUGUGCAACGGAUCUUUGGAUAAGUUCAUAUAUACUCAAGAAUCUUUGAGUACAAAUUGCAAUUUGGAGUGGAACACACUUUAUCAAAUCGCAGUUGGCAUUGCUAGAGGACUAGAAUAUUUACACAGAGGUUGUAACACAAGAAUCGUACAUUUUGACAUAAAACCUCACAACAUUCUUUUAGACAAAGACUUUUACCCAAAAAUAUCUGACUUUGGGCUUGCGAAACAAUCCAACCAGAAGGAGAGUAUCAUAUCAAUGUUGAACGCAAGAGGAACUGUAGGAUAUAUUGCACCAGAAGUGAUUUGUAGAAACUUUGGAGGAGUCUCUCACAAGUCUGAUGUCUAUAGUUACGGAAUGAUGAUUCUAGAAAUAGUUGGAGCAAGAAAGAACAUUAAUGUUGGGAUAUCUCAGACAAGUGAAGUAUAUUUUCCAGAUGCUAUUUAUAACCUUCUUGAACCGAGCAAUGAUUUUAAACUUCCAGGUGUUGUCACUGAAGGGGAAAAAGAGACGGCGAAAAAGAUGAUAUUAGUGAGCUUGUGGUGCAUUCAAACCAAUCCAUCUGAUAGACCAUCAAUCAAGAAAGUUGUCGAGAUGUUGGAAGGUAGGCCAGAAAACUUGCAAGUUCCACCAAAACCUUAUUGGUCUUCUCCACCAGGAUCCUUUAAACAUUCUUUCCCGGCAUCUUCAUCAACACAACUUGCAUCAGAGGAAGAACCGUUCAAAGAUCUGGGUGAUAUGUAA